AUGGAAGCAAGCAAUGAGACAGAAUAUUCAAUGUUUCUUCUUCUGGGAUUUUCAGAGGAACCAGGACUGCAGCCUGUCAUAUUUGGACUUUUCCUCUCCAUGUACCUGAUCACUGUGCUUGGAAAUGUGCUCAUCACCUUGGCCAUCAGCACAGACCCCAACCUCCACACGCCCAUGUACUUCUUCCUCGCCAACCUGUCCCUGAUAGACAUCUGCUUCACCUCCACCACCGUCCCGAAGAUGCUGUGGAACAUCUGGACUCAAAGCCAAGUCAUAACCCACGCAGCUUGCAUCACACAGAUUUAUUUUCUCAUACUCUUUGCUGUGCUGGAUGUCUUCCUCCUGAGUGUGAUGGCCUAUGACCGUUUCGUGGCCAUCUGCCACCCCCUGCACUACACAGUCACCAUGAACCCCCGGCUGUGUGGAUGGCUGGUUCUGGUGUCCUGGAUCAUGUGUAUCCUAAAUUCUCUGUUACAAAGUUUAAUGACAUUGCGGCUUUCCUUCUGUGCACACUUGCACAUCCCCCACUUUUUUUGUGAACUUAAUCAGAUGCUCCAACUUGCCUGUUCUGACACCUUUCUUAAUAACUUGGUGAUGUAUCUUGCAGCUGUCUUUUUGGCAGGUGGUCCCUUCAUUGGGAUCCUUUACUCUUACUCUAAGAUAGUUUCCUCUAUAUGUGGGAUCUCAUCAGCUCAGGGAAAAUAUAAAGCAUUUUCCACCUGUGCAUCUCAUCUGUCUGUUGUCUCCUUAUUUUAUUGCACAAUGCUUGGUGUGUACCUUAGCUCUGCUGCUACCCACAGCUCACGGUCAAGUGCAACCGCCUCAGUGAUGUACACGGUGGUCACACCCAUGCUGAACCCCUUCAUCUACAGCCUGAGGAACAAAGACAUGCAAAGGGCUCUGAAAGCAUUCCUUGGGAAGGAGACCCUUACAUGGCCAAUUGUCAUAAGAUUGAAGAAGUGGCUAUGA